AUGGCUAUGACAAUGCAACACCAAGUAAUUCAAGAUAACAACUUUGCAGUCGCCAUGAUUGAAGAAGGCGCUUAUGACGAGGCAUCUGCCACACUUCGUGCGGCAUUCCAAGCGUACCAGAACUGUGGCGACAUGGAGAGUACAGCAUGUAAUGAUGGAGUCUCGUACAAGUCUUCCAUCAGCCUCGAUGAAUGCAUGACGAAGGGACAUCCAAUGAGCUCUUCCAUCGACCCGGACUUUCCAUUCAUGUAUUCUGAUGCCAUUCGCAUCUCGGCUGCGGCUGGAAUAUCAAAACACGAUGUUACCUCCAUCAUUCUGUUUAACCUGGCACUGACCUAUCACCUCUCCGCUUUGGAUUCGAACGACCCUGAUUCUGACCUUCAAAAAGCUCUGCAUGUAUACGAACACUUAUAUACCAUGCAACAGCAGGAGAACACAGGGGAGAGCUUUCCAUCGAAUCUGAUGUUCGUUCUCUCUAUUUUGAACAACUGUGGCAUCAUCCAUCAAUGGCGAUCAGAGGCCGGAACAUCCAUCAAUGGCGAAGUGAUUGCCGCACAAUGCUUCGAUAAGCUCUUGUCAGUCCUGACGCUCAUUUCUAGCAAGACUCAAAUCACAAACAAGAACGAAGAAGUUGUCGUUCGCGGAUUCUACCGCAACGUCGUUCUGAAUCGUUCACCAGCAGCCAGCGCUGCCUAA